AUAUGUGACAGUUUUAUUUGACACGAAUUAUUGGAUUAUUAAAUUCGUUGAAUUUAAUGAAUUAUGCCGCCAAGCAACUGCUCUAAGUGUUUUUCGUAUUUGCUAGAAUUCUAUUAAGGUUUAAAUUUCAUUAUAUUAUUUUUUUAAACAAAUUUAAUGAGUAUUGGCAAAUCGUUAGCAUUCAUUUUUAUCUAUUGAUGAUGAUGAAAGCAAUUGAAAUAGUUGGUUUCGGUUCAGCCGCCAUGCAAAUUAGCUGGAUUGCGAACGAUUGGCCUAAUAUUAACGAAGAAGUGUUUGGAAAUUCAAGCCGCAUCGAUUUUGGUGGAAAAGCCGCAGGUCAAAUAACUGCGGCCUCAAAAAUUGGAGCGAAAGUUGCACUAAUAGCAAACUUAGGAGAUGAUCGUUUUGGUAAGAAGUACUUGGAUUAUAUGCGUAAUAAUGAGGUCCACACAGACUUUGUAACCAUAUGUGCUGAAACGCUUACCGGGAUUAACCAAAUGACAACUACCGAAGAUGGAGUUAGACAAGGCUUAGUGUUUGAAGGCGCUACAAACCUACUCGACCAAACUGAUAUAGAGAAGGCUAAAUCACUGUUGUGUGAAGCUAAAGCAUUCAUUUGUCAACAGGAUGUUGCUAUUGAAGCAACACAGUUUGCUUUGCGACGCUUCAGAGGUGUAACCAUACUCAAUGUAGCCCCUAAUGUUUUCGAAAAAUAUUUGGAUAUGCUGAGGGUAGCAAAUAUUGUGUGCUGCGAUGCUAUUGAAGCUGGAGAAUUGCUGAACAAAGAACGUGUUGUUACUCCUAAACAAUGUAUUGAAGCGUUAGGUUACAUUAUUGAAAAAGGUGCGAGAUUAGCGAUUAUAACACUAGGCUCUAUUGGGACAGUUUACGCAGAUAACACUUUGCCGUUGCGAUGCAUAUAUGUGCCAGUUCAAAAUAUAACCGAUGUGGAUUUGACUCUUUUUACUAAUAGUUUUAUUGGUGCAUAUGCCCACUUAACGAUUAAUUAUCCUGAACAUGAUGUGCAUCAAAAGGUUGGCGCAGCCAAUGAAUUAGCCGCACGUCUGAUCGAUUCUGAUACAAUGGAAAAAAUCGAUACAAAGACAGAACCCAGUUUCAAUAGAAAAAUGAAUUUGCAAAUAAAUCUUAACCAGAAAUGCUACGCAUGGGAAUAUAUGAGAUGUGACUAGAUAAUCUUUACUUAUUAAUUAGUCAAGAGUGACGAAACUUUUCUAUUCUAUUUAUAUAUUUAAGCUGUUAUAUUAUUUAGUAAUAAAAAGA